AUGGAUCGGGUACGGGCAUGGCUGUUAUCGGUCUUGGGAAUACUAUCGGUAUUCAUGUGCGGGGGAGGAUUAGUGAACGGCCAUUUUACUGUUACAUAUCCUCAAGAGAGGGGAUUUUCUUAUGAUACGCAAUUUCAUUUUCCGUGUAAAUUCUUCCUUUCCUCUUGGUCUGUUGAUGUUCGGCCAUUAGCUGACCCAUCCCGCAGGCGGAGGUAAUGGACAUACCCCCCUCGCUCCCUCUCACCGCGCAGAGUCUCCCCGCAAAUAAGUAAAAGCCCGAUCUCAUAAUAAAUACAAACCAAAACAGGCAUCGCCCCAACAACGAACCGCUCCCAAUGGCCCACUACUGGUGGCGCCCUGUCCUUGAUCCCUAUCCACGCGUUCGCCUUAACAACGAUUAACAUCGCACUCGGCUCCAACAUCGACGAAAAGAUACUCUCGAACCCAUACAACGUCCCCAUGGUACCACUGUUCAACCAGACGGGCGCCAACAGCACCUUCUGCCUUCCGAAGAUCAAGAUCCCGAAGAAGAUCGUGGGGGACGUGAGUGAUGGUGUCAACGCUACUAUUCAGGUUAUACAGUUGACCGGGACGGGGGCUGCCUUGUACUCUGUAUGUCGCUUCCUUCCUUCUUCACCUUGCUCGCCUAUUGGAUGGGCAGAUGGAUCAACGGGACUAACCACGAGGCGGGGCGACCGGGCGAGGAACAAAGUGCAUCGACAUCACUUUCUCGGACAAGGAAGCGGAUCGCUUCGGUGCUCCCGAGGUCUGGGAGAAGUACUGCUUUAACGGGACAGGGAUGGGGGGGUAUAGACUUGGUGAUAAGGAUCCUUCAAGGUCGAACGCUACCGUUGUCCUAAGCGCCGCUUCCUCCCCCGCGAGGUUUGCGGCUUCAACACCGUCGUCAUCCCUAGCUCUAACACUCUUAGCCGUCAUGUGGUCCUACCUCCUCGGUCUUUGAAGCACGAUUCGAACGAAAAUGUCCUUUGUCUGGGUCACGAGUUGUACAGUACUUAUUCUAAUCUCACUCUUGUCUCCUGU